GCGAGGAAGCAAGAUUGGAAAAAAAAAACACUUGAGAAUGAUGAAUGGUAACGUUUUCAUUGCAGCCAAAGAUGGCAAUAUCGAUGCUAUUAAGAAAUUGCAUGGGCAAAACCCUUGCCAACUGAAGGAAGUUACUUAUGAAGACAACACUGCCCUGCACAUCGCUGCGAGGGAAGGACAUUUGGAGGUGGUUAAAUGGAUUCUUCAAAAUGUUAAAGACUGUUGUAUGUCUCGAGCUCGCAAUGCUGAUCUCAAUACACCGCUGCACGAAGCUGCUAAGAGGGGAAAUGCUGACAUAAUUAGAACUCUUCUUCGCUACAACAAGUGUGCAGCCAGUAAACGCAAUCAGUUUGGAGAGUCAGCUCUGUUAAUAGCUUCAGAGCACGGUCACGUGGAAGCAGUUAGGGUUUUGGUGGAAGCCACGCCCUUAUAUAUCAUCAUCUGGCCAAGGGAGAACCACCAAACUUGCCUUCAUGUUGCUGCUUAUGGAGGGCAUUUAGUGAUAGUAAAGUUGAUACUUCAAAGGCCUAGUUUCUGCAAUAUUUUGCACCUCAUUGUGCUUAUGCGUGAUGUCCAUGGUUGCACUCCAUUGCAUUCUGCUGUUCAUGGGGGGAAUGCAAAUAUUGUGAGAGAAAUUGCAAACACAAAAUUUAGCUGCAGGUUAUGUAUUAAUUGGUUUGACAAGAGGUUAAUGACAAAGAAGGAUAUGUUUGGAAGGUGUGCAGUACAUUUAGCAGCAAUCAAGGGCGAUCAAGAGAUGAUAGAUAAUUUUCUUUCAGAAAUGCCAUAUUGUACCGAAAUUCGUAGUAGAGAUCUUAAAACUGCUCUACACUUUGCUGUGGAGAACAAUCAAUUUGAGAUAGUGAAGAAGCUACUCCCGCAAGACAAGAUAGAAGAAAUGGCAGAACUAGUGAGAUAUGACCGAGACAUUUCUGGAAAUACACUGCUACACUUGGCCAUCAUCAAUGGAGGGGAUCCAGAGCUUGUAGAAUAUAUUUUACCAUUUGUAAAUGUGAACGCCAUCAAUAAUGACGGACUAAGAGCAAUUGACAAAGCUCCUCUUGCAACAUUUCAAAAUGAACCCUGCUUUACUAAGAUCACAUGGAUUGUCGAAGAGGCCGGAGGAUCUAGAAGUUUCAUAGGAAAUUCCAGACAUUCGAAUUCAGUGGAUUUCAAACAAGAGAGCAAUGGAAUUCAUAAAAUCAUGGAUGUGGACACACUGGUGGCGUCGCUCAUUGCCACCAUCACAUUUGCAGCCAUUUUUACUGUACCAGGAGGAACUUACAAUAAUGACAGUGGAACUGGCGGUAAGAGUGCACGAGCUGCUACUGCACAUGGACACAGUGGAGAUGUCUCCACAAAUAACGGAAUUGCUCGUCUGACAUUGAACACUCUUUUCCAAGUGUUCUUGUUCUCUGAUAGCCUUGCCAUGUUUGCCUCCCUCACAGUUGUUAUUGCCUGGUUAUUUCGAGAACGGUUACAAACAAAGCUUAUUGCAGAUCGUUCAUUAUUAGCCAAUUUAACAGUUGUGAGCUUGGGGACUUCUGUAGUUUCCACCGGACUUGCAUUCUUGAGCGCAACCAUCCUAAUCACAAUACCCCCUUCUAAAUAUGCAGAUGUAGAGAAUAGUGGUAAAUAUAGAUUACUGUUUUGGGGUGAGAUAUUGACAGCGUUUUCUGCACCAGCACUUUCGCUCAUUUUCCUCUCAACUUUGUGGACUAUUGAGUAUCAUUUCAAAGCUACAGUGGAAUUCCGAGCCCGACUUAGAAAGCAACUUAAAGAAGCCCUCAUCUAUAUAAUUCCACCUUUUGCUAUUGUAUUGGGAAUUAUUAUUGGAAUUCCGAGCCCAAAUUAGAAAGCAACUUAAAGAAGCCCUCAUCUAUAUAAUUUCACCUUUUACUAUUGUAUUGUGAAUUAUUGUUCGUUAUGGAUUUACUAAAUUUUGAGAAAACAAUGGACAAUAUGUUUUGUGUAA